GUUUAUUUUGGAGUGUUUUUUUUUCUGGAUGGGGUUUCAGCGGUUCUAGCUGCCACAACCGACAGAUCCAUGUCUUUUCUGCGUUGGGUCUCAGAGAAAUUGAGUGUGGAGAACCUGAGGGAUUUUGAGUUUUUUGGAGAGCAAGCUCAGGGAAGCUCUCACAGGAAAGCCCAUGAAGACAGCCACGAGAGCCUGACCUCAGUCCCACGGCGGGACACAAUGGGAAGCUUCCUCCCCGACAGCAGCGCCUAUGAGCUCCUGACCAUCAUAGGUCGAGGCCUGGAGGACUUGAUGACCGUCAACCUUGCCAGAUACAGACCCACAGGAGAACACGUAGCAAUCCGUCGGAUUGACCUGGAGUCCUGCACAAAUGAAAUGGUCAACUACCUGCAGGCUGAGCUCCAUGUAUCUAAGCUGUUCCACCACUCCAGCAUCCUGCCCUACAGGAGCAUCUUCAUAGCAGAGAACGAGCUGUGGGUCAUCUCUCCCUUCAUGGCCUAUGGGUCAGCCAGAGACCUGAUCAGCAGCCACUUCACUGAUGGGAUGAAUGAGCUGGCCAUCGCCUACAUCCUACUGGGCAUGCUCAAAGCCCUGGACUACAUCCACCACAUGGGCUAUGUACACCGGAGCGUGAAGGCCAGCCACGUGUUGAUCUCGGCAGACGGUCAGGUGUGUAUGUCUGGUCUGAGGAGCAUCAUCAGUCUGAUCCGUCACGGCCAGCGGGCCAGAGUGGUCCAUGACUUCCCCCAGUACAGCAUCAAGGUGCUUCCCUGGCUCAGCCCAGAGGUGCUGCAGCAGAAUCUGCAGGGAUACGACUUCCGGUCAGACAUCUACAGUCUUGGCAUCACAGCCUGUGAGCUAGCCAAUGGACAUGUGCCCUUCAAAGACAUGCCAGCCACACAGAUGUUGCUGGAGAAGCUGAACGGGACAGUCCCCUGUCUGUUGGACACCACCACCAUCCCCCCAGAGGAGCUGACCAUGAAGCCCUCCCGCUCUGGAGCUGACUCUGGGAUCUGUGAGGGCCCCAGCACCGGAGGGGCCCACCACUCUAACGGAGAGCCCUCCUCCUCGGGGAGCCACCCCUACAGUCGUACCUUCUCUCCCCACUUCCAUGCUUUUGUGGAGCUGUGUCUCCAGAGGGACCCAGAGAAGAGACCCUCAGCCAGUGCUCUCAUUGGUCAUUCCUUCUUCAAACAGAUCAAGCGUCGGCCAUCGGAGGCUCUGCCUGAGCUAUUCCGGCCCGUAACACCCAUCACAGGCUUUCAGAGUACCCAGCCUCAGGACGCUGCCUCUGGACUGGCCAGCCUGGAAUCUGGCCUCAGCCACAUGGAUGUGGAUGACUGGGACUUCUGACCACAGAGGAACAGGAAAGAGUUGUGUG